CAGGCUGCAGAGGAAGCAGAUUGAUGCUGAAGUGCCUUAAUGAGAAACCUCCUAUCCCCAUGCUAAUGCAUCUGCUGGCAAGGGGAGAAACUGCUGUUUCUUGUAGCAGCCUCUAGAACCAUCCAGAGGCUCUGCACUCCGGGUGACCUGCCCAGGGCAGCUGGGAUGUGCACCUCUGCUUGGCCCUCAGCUUGCUAGGGAGAAAGCCAUUCUGGUCCUACCACGGCAGGAUGGCACAGCUGGAUCUGAAAGCUCUUCCUGCUGCCUGCAAGGCAGUGACCACUUGGGUUUUGUUGUAGCCAUGCCCCUUGAUGUCUGGGAACUCCCUGCUCUUCUGCUAAAUAAUGGGAUUUCUAAAUAAAUCUGUAUGGGAUGUGAUCUGCUUUAUCACAACCCUCAUUAACCUAGUGACAACUCCACAGCACUUGCUUGUGCCAAUGCUGUGGUGCUGUCGGUGGAACUUACUUGGUUUUCAGCUUGAGUUAAGAGCAGUAUAGUCAGUCAGCUGUACUGCAGGAGAGAAAAUACUGCUGAAACUUCUGUUGGUUGUUUCUUGGUUCAUGUUGGGGCUGCAGGCCCUAGGUUUGGGAGAAAUGCUUUUGGUGUUCCUCUUUUUUUCUUUAAGACCAAAUCUGUUUUGUUCUUAGUUCUUUGUUUGGCCACCAUGGGUGAUGGUGGCAGGGAGGUGGUUAGUUUGCUGUCCUGAGCUACCCCCUGCAUGGUACAGGGAGAGAGCACGGUGGUGUCUGCCCUGUUCUGUCUGCAUCGGGUGUAUUACGUUUCAGACUGUUUCUGUUCCCAGGAUGCUGCUGCCAUGUACUGAGCUAAAUGUGGGCCAAGACUGUUUCCUAAGGUCGUUUGUCCUGGCUGCUGGGAGCUCUCUAGGCACUGGGGUGCAGAGCAGCACCAGCUGUGAGUCGCUCUCUCCCUAGGGUGCUGUUUGGCCCCAUCCCCUUUCCCCAGUGUAGGGUGCAAGAUCUAAUUCCCAGGUGCUGUGCAGGGACACGAUUGCCCUCUGUGCAAUGAGAUCGUGGCUGAAACCAGCUCAGUUGAUGCGCGGAGCCUUCUGCCUGGCAGUGUCCCAGCAGCUGGGGGACCCAGGGUUGCGUGUUCUGCUCUCCUCCUCCUCCUGCAGACUGGACCCGUGUGGCAGGUGGUGACCGUCUGCUGUACACGGCUGCUGCUCUCUGUGCAGGGGAAACUCGGGGCCUCUUCUUUACAGAGCACCCCAGAGAGGGGCAGCAGGACCGCAUUCUCACCCCGUCUGCCUGUUUGCCUGCGUCUCCCCCAUCGCGUCGGGCGCUGUGUAUUUCUACCGGCCUUUGUCUCGCCCGCUUGUUUGUACUGUUUUGAGUAUAAAAUAAAGCUGCUCUGCUCCACCCGUGCGAACCAGUCCUGCUCCGGGGGCGGUGCGGCGGUGGCUCCCCGGGGCCGGGCCCCGCCGAUGCCGCAUGCCCGGGCCCGUCGGCCCCAUUGGUCCCCGCAGUCACAUGCAGGGCGGCGGCGGGGCCGCCCGUUCCCUUCCUCCCUCCCUCCGCCAGGCUGAGCGCAGGGAGCGGCCGCGAUCGCAGCAUGAGCACCCUCAAGGUUUACAGCACCUCGGUGACCGGCUCCCGGGAGAUCAAAUCCCAACAGAGCGAAGUAACCCGAAUCCUCGAUGGGAAAAACAUCAAGUAUGAGCUGGUGGAUAUCUCCCAGGACAACGCUCUGCGGGAGGAGAUGAGGGCAAAGGCCGGUAACCCCAAAGCCAUCCCGCCCCAGAUCGUCAACGGAGACCACUACUGUGGGGAUUAUGAGCUCUUUGUGGAAGCAGUGGAGCAAAACACCCUGCAGGAGUUCCUGAAGUUGGCCUGAGCCCCGGGCUCCCCUUUCAUCCUGGACUCUACCUGCAUCCCUGAGCACCCUCAUCUCCGACCACCUUCACUUCCAGGUUGUCAGCGCUGUCCUGGCACCACGACCUAUAUAUCCCAGCACAGGGAAACCCAUGACCAAAACUACUCAUUGCAGCUGCCUGCGAUUCCCUCCUGCCUAACCCUGGUAUCAUCUCAGAGGGAUCCAAAGAAAGUCUGACGCUCGCUGCGCAUGGCCUGUGAGCAAAGCUGGGCCUGGCUCACGGCAGCUUCCAGUGCCUCUGUACACAGCAAAGCCUCUGGGGCUGUGUGAAGUGCAGCCAUCUGUCAGCCCUCGCCUCUGCAGGGAGAGCUUCUGCUUCAGGAGGGAAGGGCUUAGGGUUGAUGUUACUUCCCACUUGUCCCAGUUGCUGUUAAAUUGUAAACCCUGCUGCCUCACUUCCCUUUUUUAUUUUACUUUUGUUUAAUUCAUCUCAGCUGCACAGAUUAUGGCAACUAAGUCCUUUUUUGGGGGGUUUGUCUUAAUUUAAUGCAAAAAUACUGCACAGAACUGGGGUCUGAGCAUCCACCAGAGAGGCCCAGGGCUGGGGUGAAGGCUGGAGCUGCUCAGCAGGCUGCAUGGGGGGAUGGAUGGACCUAGAGGUGGGACCUGUGCUGCUCUGGUGCCAGGGCUCCCUGGUGAGCGUUAAUGGCUCAGGGCUGCUCCAGCACAGCUGAUGCUCGGUUGUCUUAUCUUUCCUCUUUAAGUUGGCUUUUGUUGCAACCCGGACCAAGUGCAUUUUGUUUUCCUGCCAAAAAGGAAGUUUAUAACCAGUGUUGUCUUUCAAGAUGCUAUUAAAUGUUACUGUACCUUU